UAUGCUCAUGGCUGCCGCAGCUACCAAGUCUCAGGCGCCGUCGACGUCGAGUUACAUUUGCAGUAGAUGUUGGGGGGGACGACACUUGUCGCCAAGUCCACAGAAUCCGGGGCCGGCGGCCUGCAGCUCAUCAACGGAUACGCGCCGCCGGCCAAGAGCCAUGUCAACCAAAGACGAAAACAAGGUGGCAAAGGCCCUCUUCUCAGUCAACGGAAUGACAUACUCUCCCUGCGCCGGAGUGAUCGAGGAGGCUGUCAACCGGCUUCCGGGGAUACGCAACGCCGUCGUUGAUUUUUUUAAUUAUAGGGCCCAAGUCCUCUACAACCCUGGUUUUGUCGACGAGGAAACAAUACGUGAGACUAUUGAUCAUGUUGGAUUUCAAGCCACAUUGAUCAAUGUUGACAUAAACGAGAGAUCAUCCAGUGCAGUUCAGGUAUGCAAAAUACACAUAAAUGGAAUGACCUGCACUUCUUGCUCCUCCACCAUUGAAUCAGCUCUCCAAGCAAUUCCUGGAGUGCAGAAGGCCCAAGUGGCCUUAGCAACAGAAGAAGCAGAAGUCCAUCAUAAUCCCAAGACUGUGAGCCAUAAUCAACUACUGCAAGCCAUAGAAGAUGCUGGAUUUGAAGCCAUACUUAUCAGUACAGGGGAUGAUAGUAUAAGUAAGAUAGAGCUCAAAGUUGAUGGCUUAGACACUGAUGAUCAUACUGUGAGAAUGAUUAAAAAGUCUCUCCAAUCACUCCCAGGGGUUCAAGAGAUAGUAAUAUAUCCUGAACUCAACAAAGUUUCCAUUUCAUACAUUCCAGAUAUGACAGGACCCAGAAUUUUCAUCAGUAUUAUUGAGUCAACUGGGAGUUCUAAAGCAAUGCUAUAUCCCAAAGCCAAAGGAGAAGGAAGAGAAGCUCGUAGACAGGAGGAAGUUGAUCAAUAUUACAGAUUCUUUUUAUGGAGUUUGGUUUUUACAGUUCCUGUGUUCUUAACAUCUAUGGUUCUGAUGUAUAUCCCUGGAAUCAACCAUGUGUUAGACAUAAAAGUAGUCAAAAUGUUGAGUGUUGGUAUGCUUUUGAGGUGGGAGCUUUCUACUCCAGUGCAGUUCAUUAUAGGCAGGAGAUUCUACACUGGAGCCUAUAAAUCUUUGCGCCAUGGUUCUGCAAAUAUGGAUGUGUUGAUUGUCUUGGGAACAAAUGCAGCCUACUUCUACUCUGUCUACUCAUUGUCAAGGGCUGCUUACUCUAAAGAUUUCAAGGGCACAGAUUUCUUUGAGACAAGCUCAAUGCUUAUUUCAUUUAUUCUGCUUGGGAAGUAUUUAGAGGUUUUGGCUAAGAGAAAGACAUCGGACGCCAUUGCCAAGCUCAUGGACUUGACACCUGAAACAGCAAUAUUGUUAGCUCUGGAUGAUGAAGGAAAUGUGAUGAGUGAGCAAGAGAUUGAUAGCCGGCUAAUACAAAAGAAUGACGCCAUUAAAAUCAUCCCUGGUGCAAAAGUGGCUGCAGAUGGUUAUGUUCUGUGGGGGGAAAGCCAUGUGAAUGAGAGCAUGAUAACAGGAGAAGCACGGCCGGUGGGAAAAAGGAAGGGAGACAUGGUGAUUGGAGGAACUGUGAAUGAGAAUGGAGUGUUGUAUAUUCAAGCAACACAAGUAGGAUCAGAGAGUGCUCUUUCACAGAUUGUUCGACUUGUUGAAUCUGCACAGAUGGCGAAAGCUCCUGUGCAGAAGUUUGCUGACAGCAUUUCCAAAUACUUUGUGCCUCUGGUCAUUAUGCUUUCAUUUUCAACUUGGUUUGCCUGGUUUUUGGCUGGGAAGUUGCAUAGCUACCCAAAAUCCUGGAUACCAUCUUCCAUGAGCAGGUUUGAGCUUGCACUUCAGUUUGGGAUCUCUGUCAUGGUCAUAGCCUGCCCUUGUGCUCUAGGCCUAGCAACUCCAACUGCUGUCAUGGUUGGUACCGGAGUUGGUGCAUCUCAAGGUGUACUGAUUAAAGGCGGCCAAGCUUUGGAAAGUGCACAUAAGGUGAACUGUAUUAUAUUUGACAAGACAGGGACUCUCACGGCUGGGAAACCGGUGGUAGUGAACACACAACUUUUGAAAAAUAUGGCACUUAGAGAAUUCUAUGUGCUUCUUGCUGCAACUGAGGUGAACAGUGAGCACCCAUUAGCCAAGUCCAUAGUGGAGCACGCCAAGGGAUUCGUAGAAGAUAAAGAGAACCCUGCUUGGCCGGAAGCAAGAGACUUCAUCGCCAUCACUGGCCAUGGAGUGAAAGCCAUUGUUGAAAACAAGGAAAUAAUUGUGGGCAACAAAAGCUUGAUGUUGGACCAGAGCAUUGCCAUUCCAUUGGAAGCUGAAGAUAUGCUUGCAAAAGUUGAAGGGAUGGCUCAAACUGGCAUCCUAGUAUCUAUAGAUGGGGAAGUGGCUGGAGUUGUAGCCAUAUCUGAUCCACUUAAACCAGGUGCUCAAGAAGUCAUUUCCAUUCUCAAGUCUAUGAAAAUUAGGAGCAUAGUGGUGACUGGUGAUAAUUGGGGAACUGCAAAGUCUAUUGCCAAGGAAGUAGGAAUUGAAACUAUUAUUGCAGAAGCCAAACCAGAGGAUAAAGCAGAGAAAGUGAGGGACCUUCAGGCUUCAGGCUACAUAGUGGCAAUGGUAGGAGAUGGCAUAAACGACUCACCAGCACUUGUGGCAGCAGAUGUUGGAAUGGCAAUUGGUGCUGGCACAGACAUUGCUAUUGAGGCAGCUGACAUUGUUCUAAUGAAGAACAACUUGGAGGAUGUGAUAACAGCCAUUGAUCUUUCAAGGAAAACCUUCUCACGUAUACGUUUAAACUACUUCUGGGCUUUAGGGUACAAUGUACUUGGCAUCCCAGUUGCCGCUGGAGUCCUUUUCCCGUUCACUGGUUUCCGUUUACCACCAUGGAUUGCUGGAGCUGCAAUGGCAGCCUCUUCUGUCAGUGUUGUUUGCAGCUCCCUCUUGUUGAAGAACUACAGGAGACCCCGGAAGCUGGAUAACCUUGAGAUACAUGGAAUAAGGAUCGAGUAAUCAAUAAUCCUGGUUUUGAUCCUUCUUUUGUUUUUUGUUUUUCUCUAUAUUUUUCUAGGAGUGAAGGUUCUCCUAGGAAUCAAUUUAGCAGCUGUUAAAGCUAUAUCUCACGACAGUAUCAUAUGCUCCGGAAGACAGCAUAGCCGAUCCUCAAACUCAGCAUAGCUGACUCUCAAAUUCACCCUCAUUCCUUGAUUUCUGGUUCCUUGUUUCAUGCUGCCAUUUGAGCUCCUGGUUUCGUGCAUGAUAUCAUGGCUGCUUCUCAGCCUAAGAUAGAAGUCUCUUAUUUUCCUUCCCGAGUUUGGUUUCUGUUGUACACUACCUAGGCUGCUUUUGUACAUAGGCACAUGGCAUUUCCUCUUUGUAAUUUGCUC